GAAAGAAUCCAACACAUUUUUCUGUUUCAAGAAGGGUGGGGCGCAGGGCAGCUGGCCCGGGCUUGAGCCGAUCUAGUCCGCUAGUUCCUUAGCUGAACCCGUCAACCACCGCUGUUAAUUAAUGUCUCCGCAUCCACUUUUCAUUCUUUUCACUCUGACGCUUUUUCGAGCGUAAGAAAAACACUUGCAGUCCUCCAAAAUGACAGAGCCUUCGGUUGCCGACACUCGCCGGUUGAAUUCCAAGCCUCAGGACCUGAUGGACGCAUACGGUCCCCCCAGCAAUUUUCUGGAGAUAGACGUUUUUGAUCCACAGAUCGUUGGAGUCGGGCGGCACCGAUACACAACUUAUGAAGUUCGGAUGCGGACCAACCUUCCUAUUUUCAAACUAAAGGAUUCCUGUGUGACAAGACGAUACAGUGAUUUUGAAUGGUUAAAAAAUGAGUUGGAGAGAGACAGCAAGAUUGUCGUACCGCCUCUCCCGGGUAAAGCCCUGAAGAGACAGUUGCCCUUCCGCAGCGACGAAGGGCUUUUCGAGGAGUCGUUCAUUGAGGAGCGGCGGUCGGGUUUGGAGCAGUUUAUCAAUAGAAUUGCAGGUCACCCUUUGGCCCAAAACGAGCGCUGUCUGCACAUGUUCCUGCAGGAGGCAGAGAUCGACCGGAACUACAUUCCCGGAAAAGUACGACACUAGGCUUACUAACGGAUUGGGUGGUGGGAGGUGGGGCUUUAAUUAAUUUUCUCUGGGUUGUAGAAUGGACUUCUUCUCUAUAAUUAUCAAGUCAAAAUGCACUCGAUAUUGGAGCAUGUUCUUCCACUGUGCGUGCGCUUUUGUUUUAUAACAACAAGCUGACUGUAGUUUGUCAUUGUACAGUAAGCUUAUUGCUUUUAUUACAAAAUACCACCUGCUACAUGCACGCUUUCUCCCUUGUCAUAUAAUCAUGAUUGUAAUAUAUUGUGAAUAAACUAGAUUAAUGAUUAA